CCUCCCCUUCCUAACACAAGAUGCCAGGUCCUUUUGUGUUUUGUAGAUUGUGAUGUCUGGACUUGGCUUUGCACCUGAAUGCAAGAUCCUGUAGGACACCUCAUAUGUAAAACACACCAGCAGGGGGUCGGCCCUGAUGUCUGCAGUGGGCAGAGGGGUGGGAAAGCACUUCCUGGAAGGCCAGACCCCUACAGCAGACAAAGGGGUGUGAAAGAGGUGGUCCUCAGGUAUAAAUGUUUAGCUAUCCCCAUGUUCGGGGUCCUUCUUCAUCUUUGACCGCUCGUGUGUUGAUUGACCUUUUCUUUGCAAAGAAAAUAAACUUGUCGGCCGGCAGAAGUUCUCUAUUUCAUUCUUCACCAGCAGCAGAGAAAUUUCCACAACGAUUUGGUGUCGAAGUGGGAUCCCUCGAGCGAUCGUCUGGGACGGGACACGGACAGUGACAGGCCAUCCUGGAAGAAAAACUUUUCAGCCUCCAACCUCAAAAUCCUCUUCUGAGAAGGGAGGACUGACCGCAAACGUCCCAGAUCGUCGCCGCUGGGAUUUCCACAAACGCAAUUCGACGAAAUUCAUCUGUUGGCGGUUUUGAAGCUGGAUCCAGACCUUGACGGCAACCCACCUAUUCAUCCUUCAGCUCCACCACCAUACAACACAGUGACACCCAGCAAAAGAAGGGAAGCAGACUCCGCCAUGCCACAACAGAAAACAAGUUCAGGAGCAGCUCACUGUGCCCCUGAUGUGUCCGUUCCACCACAAAACCCUACAACCAACCCCCCUUCUCCAAUCGCACAUAGACUGCGUCAUCCAAAUCAAGAUGCAGCCUUCAACAUGCCCAUGGUUGAAGUAUCUGGACUAGAAGGUGCAACGUUGGUUUUCCGUCCAUGGACUUCUGCUGACAUCACAGCAGCCUCACAACAUCUGCCCAACCCCACAACAUCAGGUAAAAUGUUUGCUGAGCAAUUCGCCACAUUUUGCCAAGAAUUCAAACCCACCAUAAAUGAACUAAAAAGACUCCUGAUCACCAAGAUGAAACCCACAGAUUGGCAAAAAAUAGCUGAAAGAUUCCCACAUGCUGACAUCCGUUGUAAGCACAUCACCUGGGAACAUGAGUCUAAUGCCCAUUAUAGAGAUGUUGUCCGCCUUCUCUGUGAUGCAUUCACUCAAGCUUUUCCUGUAAAAGUUAACAUGGAGAAAAUCACUGCCUGCAAGCAGAAGGAUGAUGAAAACCCUGAUGAAUAUCUCACUCGCCUGACAGAGGUAUUCAACACCUACAGUGGCCUUCAACCACCUGAUGGAUUAAAUAAUAUUCCAGAUGUGUGGGAAAUUCAUCUUUGUAACUGUUUCUUAAAAGGACUAAAACCAAACACUGCCUCCGCUGUUAAAACUUCCUGCAUUGGAUGGGAUGAUGCACGUCUGUCCGAACUUCGCAGACACGCCAUACAUGCCCAUGACCAAAUACUCACAAAGAAAAAGAAAAAUGAAGAAACAACAGAGAAAGAGCUUCACAUGGCAGCAAUAACCAUGUAUAACACAAUCCGAGAACAUGGACAAUCAUAUCAUACACAUAGAGGAAAAGAUAACCGACACAGGCACUGGAAAGAUAAAAUUGCAAAGGAUGUUUGUUUCCUUUGUGGUCAACAUGGACAUUGGAAACGCGAGUGUCCCAAAAAUACCUCAUCGACCCCGGUGGACAAGUCGGACUGAAAAUGGGACAGGGUUGUCGGAGAGGGAUGGACUCCUGCUGACAAGCCAAACCAACUUGUGAGAUCGACAGAAGGUACUGCACCACACUCACACACACAUACUGAGCAGAUUAAUACACAAUCUAUAGAGAAUUCAGACAACAGAUAUACAAUUGCUCUAACAUAUGUUCAGUACACAUCUGAUCAUUUCAAGAGGUUUCCACAACAUACAUUGACCAUUGCAGAACAAAAUGUUGCAUUCUUAGUUGACUCAGGAGCCACACAUUCUGUGAUAAAAGCUUUAGAACUCACUACAAAACCAAAAAUGAGUGGAGAUUAUGUGUACUCUGUUGGUUCAUCAGGUCAAACAAUUAGAGAGAACAUUACUGUCCCACUCAAAUGUGCGGAUGGGCCAGAUAUAAGCUUCAAACAUGCAUUCUUGCUCUCAAAAGUCUGUCCCAUUAACCUGAUGGGCAGGGACUUGAUGUGCAAAUUAGGCCUUUGUCUGAUCUCAACCCCAGAAGGUGUCAAAGUUCACAGACUAUCCGAUCUGGAGCCACAUUUUUCACACUCUUUUGUUCACCACAUCCCAGAACUACAAUAUGCAUAUCUAUGGAAAUUGCAACCAUCAACUGCCUCUGAGCUUGUUACUUUAGCUAGAAAAACAGUUUUAACAGCUACAAUAGAUUUCAUGACACCAGAGGAUCUGCAUUGUACCUCUCAUGUGUCACCAGGACCUAAUGAGCCAUAUGAGGAAGGUUGGUUGGAGAGAGAUUCGAUAAACUCACACUGUCACACAUUUAUUGGACACAACAUAAAUGCGCUAUAUCAGUCUCUCUUACACCAGCUCAAUAUGAAGUGUACACCAUAGACCAUUCAGUCCCACACAUCACACUUGCAAAACACACAUCAGAUAAUUGGGAAGAUUUGGGACCUUUUAUAAAAUCAUGUCAGUGCGCAGCCGAUUGGCAAGAAACAUCUGAUCGAUCUAUUUUUUUUCACCAACACUGCAGUGUUACUCUAAGAGUUUACCAUUUUUUGUGCACACUCAAAGAACAAUCCAGCUGGUACCUAAAAGCACUUUUAAAUCUUUUUCCUUUUUGUCCGAAGAACAAGCAGCAGCUAUUACAGCCCUACAGGAGGUCCCUAAGACACUGUGGGCUGUUAGUAAGUAUGAUGUUGGCCUCAUCAAAGACUGUGAACCUGUUGUCAUUACUAACAUCACUGUAAAAAGAUGCAAUGUUUUAAACCCUGCUACUCUCUUUCCCACACCUGACGAUGGACAAGAACAUAACUGUGUUGCUGUCCUCCAACAGAUCUGCUCCCCAAGACCGGAUCUACAAGAAACUCCAUUAACUAACCCUGAUUUGGUUGUUUUUGUAGAUGGAUCCGCUUCCCGCGACCCAAAAACUGGUCGCAACAGAGUUGGAUUUGCUGUUGUCACUAAUCAUGAAACUCUUGCCUCAGGUUCACUCCCCUCUCACUAUUCUGUACAAGCAGCAGAACUCACAGCAUUGACAGAGGCAUGCAAGCUGGCAAGCAACAAGACUGUAACUAUCUACACCGACUCUAGAUAUGCUUUUGGUGUUGUACAUGAUUUUGGUACUCUGUGGAAACACAGACAAUUCUUAAAAUCUGACGGAAAACCCAUUCUUCAUCAUGACAAGGUUGCAGCUCUUCUAGAUGCCAUUUUGCUCCCAACCUCAAUUGCUGUUUGUAAAUGCCUUGCCCAUACUAACAACUCAGAUUCUGUCUCUCUAGGGAACGCAAGAGCUGAUACUGCUGCAAAAGAGCUGCACUCCAACCCACCAUCCUUGAUCCUUUGUUUGUCUCAACUCCGGUCUCUAUUCCAAGUUCUCUUACAGCGAUGCAGUCCUUUGCCACACCACAAGAAAAGACGCUGUGGAGACGCUGCGGUGCCACACAGGAAGAAGCAGUGUGGCGGGGACCCGAUAACAAACCCUGCCUGCCCAAACAUUUCUUUCCUCACUUUGCAAAAUUGACACAUGGAUUGGACCAUGUGUCAAA